AUGGUCCGUGGCUAUUCACAGGCAUUGCUGUAAAUUUUGCAAUACAAGUUACUCAAAGUUCAAAGACCAAUUUUGGAUCAAGAGUAGAAGAUAUUGAUAGCAACAAGGACUAUCGUUAAUAUUUUAAGUAUGUAUGCCUAUUGGUAUGCUCUUUAGUAUUUAGCACUUGGUGUGACGACUAGUAUUGCAUUUACUGGACCAUUCUUCUCUCUUUUUCUGGGAUACUUAGUAUUAAAGGAAACCCUAAAGCUCUCAGAAAUCAUAAAUAUGUUCACUUGCUUUGGUGGUGUACUUUUGAUAAUAUGCUUCUAAAAACCUCAAAUCCUUUAAAAUUUAGAUAAAAAAGCCUUAAAUUUUGAUGCCAAAACUUAUGUUUUCAGCGUUAUUUUAGUAAUUUCUUAAGCUUUAGUUGGUUCAUGCAUCUACAUAAUUUUGAGAAAGCUUAGGGAUGUUCAUUACACAGUUACUAACGGCAUAUAUGGUGUAAGUCUUUCGAUUUUUUCAACUAUUGUUUGGUAUUUCGGAAGAAAACUUUAAAACCCUGAACUUCAAUACAAUUUCGAUGGAUAGCAAAUUACUUUAAUUCUUAUUACAGCAGUAUUUGCAAAUUUAGCAAAUCAAUUACCAAUUUAAGCUCUUUAGUACGAUAAAAUCGCUGGUGCAGGAAUUAUUAUUAUUUGUUCUUCUAUUAGCAUGUUUUUGAAAUAUACUAGUAAAGAUGAAUGA